CCCGCGAUCCCGCACGAAACAGAAAACGGCAGCACGCCGACUCGCGCCGCCGCCGCCGCUAUCACCAUCGUCCCUUCCUCCGGCACGUCAGCCGCCAUGGGCAAGCGUUGGCUCCCCCUCGAGGCCAACCCCGAGGUCAUGAACCAGUUCAUGUGGGGAUUAGGGGUCCCCGCGGAGGUGGGGUUUUGCGACGUCUACGGUCUCGACGACGAGAUGCUUGCAAUAGUGCCACAGCCCGUGCUCGCCGUCAUCUUGCUUUACCCUCAGGAUCGGAAGAAGGAAUCCGUUGCUUCAACCUCCUCCACGGUCGAGAGCAAGAAGUUCAACAACAAUGUAUACUUUACAAAGCAGACUAUCGGUAAUGCCUGUGGAACAGUUGGAAUUAUUCAUGCAAUAGGGAAUGUUGUAUCCAGAAUCAAGCUUGCUGAGGGAUCAUAUUUUGAUAGAUUCUACAAACAAACAGCUGAUAUGGACCCUAGCCAGCGUGCUGCGUUUCUUGAGGAGGAUGAAGAAAUGGAAAAGGCUCAUUCUGUUGCUGUUACUGCUGGUGAUACAGAGGCCAAGGAUGGGGUAAUCGAACAUUACGUAUGUUUCUCCUGUGUUGAUGAUGAAAUUUUUGAACUUGAUGGAGGAAAUUCGCAGCCUAUCUCCCAUGGCCCUUCCUCUCCUGAUAGCUUGUUGCAGGACGCUGCAAAAAUCAUCAAAGCUAGGAUUGCGGCGUACCCCGAGUCACUCAAUUUCAAUGUUAUGGCUCUUUCAAAGCAGUGACGAUAUAUACCCCUUGGUUAGCACUCAUCCGAGUUUUAAAUUUCCAGUUUGCAGUAGUCUUGUUUGAUGAACUCCCAAGUCCUAACGUAGCAGUGGUUUAGUACGUACGUUACGUUUCUAUUCGACCAUAGAAAAGUUUACGAGAUUCACUAGAAUUUUCAAUGUUGAAAUCUACCUGACAAUAUUUGGCUCGAGCUAUAUAUCUCAAAUAAUGGUAGCA